AGUCUCUGUAUAAUGAAAUAAAAGAACACCUUGAGACCUGCUGCGUCGGACAUGGGUGGGGCUAUAACAAUUAAUUAAUUAAUUAUCGUAGAUCCUCGUGCUGUUUGUUUGCUGACUACUGACAAGUCGCUCUGUGUAAACAAGUGUCUUUACGACUUUAAGCUGCUGUAUUUCGAGAGAUCAGGUAAGUUUGUGUGUAGCAUUUAAGUUGUACUCAGUUUACUGCUGCAUUAGUCAGUUGUAUAGCUUGUUACUAGUUACUUGGUAGCUAGGGUGUGGGCGUGUGGCCUUUAAUGUGUGUUUGAAAUCCUAAUUUGCAUGAUGCAUGUAUGAACAACCAAUUAAAAUGAUACUAUAAUAUCUUUCUUUUAGAAUUAUGGCUGUAUCAGACCGUACCUUUCGUUCCUCACGGGCCACAUCUACAUCAGUACGACGAUCCAAGUCUGACUCUCCCAAGAGACCACAGGUUUACAAAGAAGCGUAUACAGCAGAUAAACUUCGGCUAGCAUACGAAGAAGUCAAUGAUGGGCGCUUAUCAGUCAGACGUGCUGCUGAGAUGUAUAAUGUGCCAAAGUCUACAUUAUGUGAUCGAGUAACAGGCCGAGUAAAAUUUGAUACACUCAGUGGGCCUUCUCGGUAUCUUAACGAUAAGGAAGAGGAGGAAUUGGUUAAAUUUAUUUGUCAAUGUGCAAAGACUGGUUAUGCUAAGACCAAGAAGGAAAUAUUAGCCAUUGUUGAGGAAAUAUUAAGAUCAAAAGGUAACCCUACUCAUGUGUCUAAUGGUUGGUGGGAAAGCUUUAGGAGUAGACACCCAGUAUUGACCUUACGAACAGUGGAGAAGCUUUCAUAUGCAGGCUCAGUGGCAUCUGAUCCUAGAAUAAUUGACCACUACUUCGACCUAUUAGAGAAGACCCUACGAGACAAUGAAUUACUUGAUUCUCCUGCACAAAUCUUCAAUUGUGAUGAGAGUGGUCUGCCUCUCGAGCAUACCCCGUCGUCUGUUGUAGGAAUAAAAGGGCAAAAGCAUCCACGUACCCUUACAUCUGGCAAUAAGAAGCAAAUGACGGUCCUGGCAUGUGUCAAUGCAGCAGGGUACGCAAUACCUCCGCUUGUUAUCUUUGCCAGAAAAUCUCUUAACCCACUACUCACGAUCAAUGAAGUGCCUGGUACAAUGUAUGGAUUGUCGGAUACAGGCUGGAUGAAUUCAGAGAUUUUCCUAAACUGGUUUACCCACCAUUUUUUGGUACACGCUCCUGCUUCUAGGCCACUGCUAUUAUUACUUGACGGCCAUUCUACCCAUUAUAACCCUGAUUUUGUACGAGUUGCUGCCCAUGAGAAAGUCAUAAUUUUUUGUCUUCCACCGAAUACGACUCAUUUGAUGCAGCCAUUGGAUAAAGGUGUCUUUGGACCCCUAAAAAGUCACUGGAAUGAGGAAUGUCAAAAAUUCAUGAGUAAGAACCCAGGAAAGGUGGUGACACAGUAUGAUUUUAUGGGUAUCUUUAGCAAAGUAUGGUACAAAGCAAUGAUCAUUCCUAAUAUAUUAUCAUCCUUUCGUACUACUGGGAUAUAUCCACUAAAUCGUAGUGCUAUACAUGUUGAGGAUCAAGCAACACCACUUGAUCCUGAAGUGGAGUCCCUUGCUGAGAAAACUGGGUUAGCGUUUAUACCCUUUUAUACACCUAAUCGCUUGCACAAGUCUAAGUCUUUGACUAAUGAUGAUAAUCAACCUGAUCAAGAGGAUGGCCCACCAGAUCCUGAUAAUUCUUUGAGUGAUCCCUCAUCUUUGAAUGAUUUUACUGAGGAAGAGCAUACAAGGUACAUGAGGCGGCUAGAGGAAGGGUAUGACAUUAAAUCAGACCUGCGUUAUAAUUUAUGGUUGAAGAUGAGAUGUGAAGAAGUGAGAGUUCAAGCAGAUAUACCAGAUAAUCUUUUAUUGGGAGAGACCUUGAAAUCGCAAUCAGUCGUUAACAAGUUCUUACCAAAGCUACCUGAGUUGAGAAGUGAGACUCUUUACAAAAAGAAGUCUGCAAAAGUUUUGACGAGUGUAGAAAAUCAAAAAUCAAUUGAUGAAAGGGAGAGAAUGAAGCAAGAAAAGCUGGAGGAAAAGGAAAAGAAGAAGGAAGAAAGACAGCUAAAACAGAUGAGGAGACAAGAAGAGAUUCAAAAGAAGAAAGAGGAAAGGGAGAAGCAGAUCAAAGAAAAAGCUGAGCAGAAGAAAGUGAUUGAGAAGAAGGAAAGUAGUGCAAAAAAAAAGAAGCAAGAUUCUAUAUGUGAAGCUAAGAUGUGCUCACACAAAUCAGCUCGGAAAUGGGUUCAGUGCUCACAAUGUUCACUAUGGUUUCAUUGUAUGUGCCAGCAAGUUACAAGCAAAGUUGUAGAGCAACCAAGUUACAUUUUUGUAUGCAGUGAUUGUGAAAAUUAAUGUUGGUCAUCUUUUGCCUUUUGUUAAUUCAUUUACAAUUAUAGUUUGUUAACUUUAAAAAUAAAAUGAUAACAAUACCAAUAAUCAUAGCCACAACAACAACAUC